CCUCGACCUCUGCAAACCCUCGCACGUCGGCCUCGUCCAAUUGCUCGUGCCGGUCUCUGCUCGCGUAGCGGACGCGCAGUUUCACUCAUUGUCAGGACCGUCUUCGUCCCCUUUGCUUUCUUCUUCCUGACCAGAAGCAGCCCCUAUCCCCUCCCCUUUCGCGCAAAAAGCGACAGACGGGCGGUUAUAGAACAACGACGACGAGGAAGACGCCCGGAGAUCCUUCACAAUGUCAGAGCAGCAACAACAGACCCCGCCGUUCCCCCCGCCGGGCCAGAUGCCACCCGGCAUGCAGCGGCCGUCGCCCGAGCAGAUCGCCGAGAUCCAGCGCCGCGUCGCCGAGGAUGCGCAAAAGGCCGGCAUGUCGGUGCCCGAGUUCAUCGAGCACAUCAAGAAGCAGGCCAUGGAGCAGCAGCGGGCGCGCAUGAUGCAGGCUCAGCAGCAGCAGGGCGGCCACCAGCACGGCCCCGGCUGCAACCACGACCACGGCCAUGACCACGAUCACGACCAUGAUCAUGACCAUGAUCACGACGGACACCACCACCACAACAACCAGCCCCAGCCCAUUCAGCCCGGGCCCGCGAACCCCAAGGCCAUCGCUGUCGCCAAGUUCCUCAAGGGCCAGGACCUGAAGCCGCGCACCGUCAUUCUCAACGGCGAACGCAAGGACAUGUUCAAGGUCAAACGUGCUCUGCGCGCCCUCCAGUCGCCUGCUUACGAACGGGCCCGCAAGAAGAACCCUCUUCUUCCCGAGAUCAAGGACCGAGCCUCGCUGGAAAACACCUUCAAGCUCCUGCCCCUGAGUGUGCUCGCCCUUCGCGUCACCAAGCUCGAGCCCCAAGCCGGGCCCAACGGCAAGAAGCCCAAGCGCGUAAAGGGCCAGUGGAAUGUCCGCAUCGAGCAGCAACAGGAGGCUCAGGAAGACAUGUACUACUGCUGGUUCUACGAAGGCAGCCAGAUCAAGCGCCAGCUCUACGCCGCUCUCGCCCUCGUCCUCAUCUUCAUCAUCGUCCUGUACCCGCUCUGGCCCCUCAAGCUGCGCCAGGGCGUCUACUACCUCAGUUGGGGACUUCUCUGUCUGCUCGGUCUCUUCUUCGUCAUGGCCAUCUUCCGCGUCAUCCUCUUCUGCAUCACAUACUUUGCCGUUCCUCCGGGCCUCUGGCUGUAUCCCAACCUCUGGGAGGACGUCUCGUUCAUGGACAGCUUCAGGCCUGUGUGGGCUUGGCACGAGUCUGCCGAAGAGAAAAAGGCCAAGAAGAAGAACAAGAAGAAGGUCAAGGUUGGAGGCGCCGGCGGCGGUACCACGAGCGCCGCGAGCGCCAACCAUGUAUUCGCCGCCGCCACGGGCAUGGUCGAAUCCACUGCCACGACGACGGGCACGGACACGCAGAUUCAGACGGGUGGUGCGCAGCAGCGCAACUACGCUGCGCCCAGAGUGGAGGAGCUGGACGACGACGAGUGAGCGGAGGCAGAGGAUCGCAUGGAGAGUCGAAAAUGGCGGCAGUGGAGAGACAUGUGUCUUGUCUUGGAGGUCGGCGUUUGGGUCGGAGCAAACACAGAGUGUCACAAGUGGAAGGGGAGGGUCUUUCCAUGUAUAGCAUCAUGUCACGGUAGCAGAAUGAGUGAAGUGUUCAUCUACAGGUCUAGAUGCGACUGUCGUUUGGCC